GUAUAGUCGAGACUCAUCCCUGUCAUCUUCCCACUUGCAUCCUUUUCCUGCGACACUGCGACCUCGACAUUUUCCGUGCUUUCUUCUUUCUUUCUUUCUUCUUCCUCUUCGUCCUUCUUCCAGCAAUUACGCCGCGGCACCUUCCCUUGACGGGGUUAGACGAUGGCUAGACCACAAGCAGAGCAAGGUCUAUUCUCGCCGACAUCUCUUCCAGCCCUCAUGAUUCCCGAUGGCCCGUCGUCGUCGUGCACGACCUCCAGCCAUUCAGAUAAUUCCGACCAUGUCGCCGCAGCCCAGUCGCCAGCUCCUUCUCAGCGAUCCAGGGACUCGUUUUCCACCGCCUUAAACUCGCCAUCUCAAAUCCCCGUUGACUUCGUAGAACCACAACCUGCUGCUGCGUCGCUGCUUCCCUUGCCUCCCAGUCUUCGCAAAUCCAUAUCUGUCGACUCGUUUGUUCACUACGGACGCGAUCAUUCGUCCAUAACCACCAGACCCAACUGCGGCCACACCGGUUCCUCUCUGGAUCCCCCUAAGGGCUUUGUUUUUGAUGUAACCAAGAAGCUGGAUCGAGACAGACGUCUCUUGGGCCGCAACCGAGGCACCAGCAUCAGCACCGUUGGCGAUGACCACGAAUCUGUUGUCGGUGAAUCUGAUAUCGAGCGCUCCGAUGUUCUCAACAGUCCCACUGACGGUUACAAACUUGGUUCAUUGAAAGGCCAUGACAAGGGCAAGACGUUUGUCAGCGGUGGCGAGCUUCCUCUUCCAUCUCGCACGCCCACCCUGAGCACGACUUCUAGCAUGAGUAGCAUCAUGACCACUUCCCCUAGUUCUAGCACGCAGGAGGGCGUGCAUCGUAUGCAAUCGGCAUCUUCUUUGCAGUCCGUGCCCAGGCGAGGCAUCCCAGUGGCGUCACCCGUGGGCAGAACACGGAGUGGUUCCUUGGGAGUCUAUACCCCAAGCUCCAAUCGACGUAUGGUAAUAAAUACAACCAUGUCCCCACCCGAAACUGUCAACCAGAAUCUCGCUGUGACUCUGGUUGUGGUAGGAGUGGCGGGGUGUGGCAAGUCCAUGGUCAUUCGCAAAGGUCUCAGAGGUUAUGGUCUCUCGGAUCCCAGUGCGCCUCUUCUAGGAUCACAACACGCGUCUCGAUAUACUCGCCGAGUAGGAAAGCUUCCCCAGGCUGACAACACCCGGGAGUGCCCCUUGAACAUAAUUGAGGUCGAUAUUCCUCUGUCCAUACCGGAUACAUCUGUAUCUACAGUCAACUUUCUACCCGAGGCUCCACGAGUUGAUGGUGUGUUGAUAUGUUACGAUGCUUCAGAUGAGCAAUCGUUCAGGCCUGUGGAGGCCCUUCUUCGUGGAUACCGCGCACUACAGCUUCCGACCGUUGUGUUGGCAUGCAAGUCGGAUUUAUCACGCCGCAUCGACCCGCAGGCAGCUCUGGAUAUCCUCCAGCAGUAUGAUGUUGGCCUCGUUGAAGUUCAUAAUGCCGACGAUAGUGGAAAAGAGAAGAUGCGACGGUCAUUUGACUGGCUCUUAAAGGCAGUCCUCCGCGAUCGACGGUCUUCGAGAAGCGAAUUUGAGGACUAUCGAAAUCCUGCUUCCCCAGAUAUUCUCAUACUGCCUCCAUGGGAGAAGUGGGAAUCAUCGAGGACCCCUACCGUGGCUUCAUCCACAUCCACGCACAAUUCUGUUCAAGCACCUGCGACACAUAUCCCCCAACCCCAACACCCAUCUGCGCCGCUGCCUUCUAUCCCGGCGUCUCGCACAGCAACGCCAAAUCCCCCCGUGCGAGCGCGGUCGACGGGUGAUCUCUUAUCGGAACAGGAGAAAUUCAAUUCGCAGGAUUUACGUGGCAUCAAUGACACUGAAAAUUCAAAUCUAUCAAUUGCCGGCCAGCAGGAGAAUAAUGCUAGUGUUGAUUUAUUGGACGGGCGUGUGGUUUCUGCAGAUGUGCCUAAGGAAGUUCCUGAGGAAAAGAAAGCAAGCAAACUCAAGGACUCGCGUCCGGCUCAGUGGGCCACUCUUGAUGAACUUCUGGAUAAGCUUCUAUUCCUUGGCGUCAGCGGAGAUGACCCUACGUAUAUCACACAUUUCCUGCUUACCUAUCGGCGCUUCGCAAGUCCUAGGAGCCUUUUGUUGGCGAUGCAAAAACGUAUGCGACAGCUAGACAGUCCGUCUGGUGAUCCCAUGUUUGCAUGUUACGCCCAGAUGAGAAUCUGCCACCUUCUUGAGCUUUGGAUUCGAGAUUAUCCCUAUGACUUCGCCGUUCGGGGUACUGCCGGGGCCCUUUCAGCGCUCAUCAAAUCCAUCAUCUCCAAGACCUAUCUCCUUCACUAUGGAUCUGAUUUCCUGCCGUUCCUCGAGGUAUUGCCAAAUCUCGUCGAUUUAGAUGCCGCAUGGGCCCUCAAAGUCGAGGAUCCAGCGGAUGAAAGUGAUGACUCUUACAGCCUUCUGGAAGAUGACGAUGACGGUGCAUCCAAAUCGGAAGCGGAUUCAUUGUCCUAUUUGAAUGCGUCUUCCUCUACGGUGAAAGCAAAGCCUGCGACAGGAUUCCGGGAGCGCAAAGGCAGUCUACCUUUGUCUGCGAAAGCCCUCCUUCCCCAGAAUAGCCAUGUCAAUGACGACCCCACACCAAAGGAGCAGUUAAAGAUACUUCAACGCGUUGCUCAAGAAGUCAAUGCGACUGAUCCAGAAGAGAUUGCCCAAGAAAUUACACGGUUGGAAAGCAAGUUAUUCCUUCAAAUACGGCCCCGCCAUUGGUUGAAUUACACAUUCGUCUCUGGGAAGAAGGACCCAGAAGUUGAUGCCAUUGCUCGUUUUAAUAGCGUCUCUAAUCACCUCGCGGACUGGGUGGUAUCCUUGAUUCUUUGCCAUGAUAAAGCCAGAGCGCGUGCCAAACAAAUUGAGAAAUUUGUUGAUGUCGCUCAGAAGCUUCGCACCCUCAACAAUUACUCUGCAUUGCGAGCCUUUGUUGCAGGAAUCAACAAUGCAACUUUCCCAGGCGAUCAGACGAUGGAACAAUUCAAAACGAAAGCGCCUGAUCACGCUAAGAACUUGCAGUCGUGGGACGUCCUUUUACAGCACAUUCGUUCACAUCGUGCUUACCGGCUUGCCUUGAGAAAUACCAAGGGUGCAUGUAUACCCGCUUUGGAAGUCCACAUAUCGGAUCUCAUUCGCUCUCACGAAGGGAACGAUGACUUCCAUUCUGAUGAUGCUACCAAGGUUCAUUGGGGUAAAUUCAAUAUGAUGGGUAGAUUCAUAACCAAUACCACGCAAUGCCAAGCACAGUGUUUAUCGACAAUGGACUACAACUUCGUUGAGAGACCGAAUAUAACGCAAAUGCUUCAGUGUCAUAACUUGAUGGAUGAAGAGAUGCAGAAGUCUCGUAUAGCGCCUCCCGAUGUGGACUUUGAUGAAUACCGACCUGCCCCGCCUCGUCCAUUGCGUGAUCCUCCGCAACAGCCGAAGGAUGUAGCUAUCUUGCGACGACUUCUAUUCUGGUGAUCCUUUCUCCGCCAUCUUCAUCUACUGCAAGCAGAACUUGUUGCUUACGCCCUGUCAUG